UAUAAUCUAAGGUAUAGAUGGGCCAGAAUUUAAUAAUCUGAGAAUAAUUGCCGUAGAACUAUUAUUAAUCCGGGUAUAUGUGUAUUUUUAGUACGUCAUUGUGACAUUGAUUGCUAAUCAGCUUUACUAUCUUGCCUCGAUAUAAAUAACGUCCUUCUUCCUUCGCCUGCCUUAGCGUUAAUCAUACGAGGUAGACUAGUAAACCCGGAGUCGGAUGACAACAAGACUGAAACAAAUUGCAACACAUUUUUUGCACAAGAUGUCUGACAUCCAUCUGUAUACCGCUCAAACGCCUAAUGGUGUCAAGAUAUCGAUCCUGCUAGAAGAGCUAGGGUUACCUUAUAAGGUUACCAAGAUCGAUAUUAGCACGAAUGUCCAGAAGGAGCCCUGGUUCUUGGAGAUUAACCCAAAUGGCCGUAUUCCAGCACUCACGGAUACUUUCACCGAUGGCAAGCCCAUCAGGUUAUUUGAAAGUGGCUCUAUCAUGCAGUAUCUGACCGAUAGAUACGAUACGGAACAUAAGGUCUCGUAUCCGAAGGGAUCUAGGGAGUACUAUGAAGUGAAUAACUGGCUCAUGUGGCAAAUGGGAGGUCUUGGUCCAAUGCAAGGACAACUGAACCAUUUCAACCGCUAUGCCCCGGAGAAGAUUGAAUACGGCAUCAACCGGUACAAGAACGAAACUCGCCGCCUCUAUCGGACACUCGAGACACAGCUGAAGUCGUCGACGUCCGGCUACUUGGUUGGUGACCGAUGUACGAACGCAGACAUCUCGUGCUGGGGGUGGGUCGCAGCAGCAAAAUGGGCUGGGAUCGAUAUGGAUGAGUUCCCGAUAUUGAACGAAUGGGUCGAGCGGAUGCUAAAGCGUCCGGGCGUCGAGAAGGGUCGCCAUGUGCCGUCUCAGCAUAUCUACGAGAAGCACCAGGCCACCUCUAACGAGGAGAUGGAAAAACAAGCUGCUCCGUUGAGAGACUGGGUCCAGUCAUCAAUGAAGGAAGAAGCAAAGUAGCGGCUUUAUCUUUAUCUUAAAUCUCUCAGGAGCUUGCUGUCCUCAAUGAUAUCAGUGUACUUCGUAGCGCUUAAUAGGAAACAAUGCAGGAAUUUGACUCUUUCUCCGGCACUAGCAAGCAGAUGUUAGUUUAAGGCGCAUGAUUAUGAUUAUACCCUAUAAAUAUUUAAUAUGUCAAACUAAGUCAACUUUUCAAGUAGAGUGUCGUGUAAAGUACGCUCUUAGGGCAUCGCAAAUGAGUUAAUAGUAGGGUGUUACCGAAUAAAAGGGGUAGAGAUGCUAG